GUACGAUUGCGAAGCGGCGGGGGAGCGCCGGGACUGGACGCAGGUAGGAGGCGCCAAGGCGGCGGACGGGCGUCUCUCAUCGCCUGAUCGCUGGCCCCGAAGUGGUCAGACUCAUGGCUUCAGGGAAAUGCUGAAUGGGAUUGGCAUUUCAUCAGGUUUCAUACCCAGACGUCUGUUCUUCUGCUUGAUUUCCUGCUUGGACUUGCUGCAGCUGGUGUUGCAAGCCCAAGGGGCUGGUGUGGAGCAACAAUGGAUUGGCCUCAACAAAGAUGUAGUAGGUGUUGGGAGAAGAUAUCUCACCUGAAAUGGAGGUGAUCAAAGGAGCUGAACACUGACUGCACCAACAUGGGGCUGCGACUGCUGGCUUGUCUCUUCCAUUUGCCCACUGCAGUGAUCUACGGGUCUCUGUCGCUCUUUGUUUCCAUUUUGCACAAUGUGUUCCUCCUGUACUAUGUGGACACCUUCGUCUCCGUUUACAAGAUUGAUAAACUGUCCUUUUGGAUAGGAGAGACUGUGUUUCUGAUCUGGAACAGCCUCAAUGACCCUCUGUUUGGCUGGCUGAGUGACCGAGUGUUCCUUAGCACACAGCAGGCAGGAACAGAGAUUUCUUCCCCUGAAGUAGUUCUGAAGAGGCUCAGAGCACUAAGCCACAAUGGCCCCCUCUUUGCCAUUUCUUUCCUGGCUUUCUGGGUUGCCUGGGCUCAUCCUGGUUUGCAGUUCCUCCUUUGCCUUUGCAUGUAUGACAGCUUUCUCACCAUGGUUGACCUCCAUCACAACGCCUUGCUUGCAGACCUGGCUGUUUCAGCAAAAGACAGGACUAGCCUCAACUUCUACUGCUCCCUCUUCAGUGCCAUAGGCUCCCUGUCUGUCUUCAUGUCCUAUGCAGUGUGGAACAAGGAGGACUUCUUUUCCUUCCGCAUAUUUUGCAUCCUGCUGGCCCUCUGCUCCAUUGUUGGUUUCACCCUGUCCACACAGCUGCUCCGCCAGAGGUUUCAGGCUGAUGGGAAAGCAAAAUGGGACCAGGAAUCAACCCUGAAAGAGCUGUACAUUGAGAAACUCUCCGUCCCCCAGGAAAAGAGGAUCACCCUGGCAGAGUAUCUCCAGCAGCUCUCUCGGCAUCGCAACUUCCUCUGGUUUGUCUGCAUGAAUCUUGUCCAGGUUUUUCACUGCCAUUUUAACAGCAACUUCUUCCCUCUGUUCCUGGAGCACCUGCUGUCAGACCAGAUCUCUGUCUCUACUGGAUCCUUCCUGCUUGGUGUUUCCUACAUUGCCCCCCAUCUCAACAACCUCUACUUCCUGUCACUCUGCCGUCGCUGUGGGGUUUACGCUGUGGUGCGAGGACUCUUCUUCCUGAAGCUGGCUCUGAGUGUUGUGAUGCUCCUGGCAGGACCUGAUCAGGUGUAUCUGCUCUGCAUCUUCAUUGCCAGCAACCGUGUGUUCACAGAAGGGACCUGUAAGUUACUCAACCUGGUGGUCACUGACUUGGUGGACGAGGACCUAGUGCUGAACUGUAGGAAGCAGGCAGCCUCAGCCCUGCUCUUUGGGAUGGUGGCUCUGGUCACCAAGCCAGGCCAGACCUUCGCCCCGCUGAUUGGCACCUGGCUGCUCUGUGCAUAUACAGGCUACGACAUCUUCCAGCGCAACCCCCUGAACAACGUGGUGAGUGCCCAGCCGAAGCUGGAGUCUGCUGCGGCCUUGGAGCCAACUCUUCGCCAGGGCUGCUUUUACCUCCUCGUCUUUGUGCCCAUCACAUGUGCCCUGCUGCAGCUCCUCACCUGGUCACAGUUCAGCCUGCAUGGGAAGCGGCUGCAGGUGGUGAAGGCUCAGCGGCAGAGCCUGACACAAGGCCAAGCACCAGAGAUCAAAACAAUCUAAGGGUGCCUGAGCUCCCAGGAUGCUGCUGGUUCCAGGCUGGUGCUGGAGCAGGCGAAGGGCAGGGAUGAUGGGCUUAGAGAGCCUGAUGUUCGUGGUUCAGCUCUGAAAUGCUGUCAUGCUAGUGUUUACUCAUUCCAGGUGGUGGUCACUGGGGAAGGCAGAGAGGUUCAGAAUGUGAAGGGCCUGAGAUAGAUUGCUUGAUCUCAAGAGGAAGAACAUUUUAUCCCAGGGAGCAGAGAGAGCUGCUUACUCCAGUGAAGAAGUGCUGGGUUGCAUGUACUAGAAACAGACACAUCCCCAAUGCAUUUCUCUGUGCUGGGCAUGGCUCUGAGGAGCCACAGCCUCUCCAGCUGAGCAGGAGGAGACUGCACAGGGAGUCCUUCAUCACUAGAGCCGUGCAGGGAGUGGAGUAGGAGGCCCCUGAGGGACGAAAGGAAUGAUUGCCAAACAGGAGCAGGGAUGAGAGGACCUUUAAGGCCUUUCCCAGUAACUGGUACAACCCUCCCACUUGCAGUGCCAUGGUUCUUUGACCAAAUCCACUCUUAAGCAUUUGUUGUUCCUGGGACAAUAUCCUGCACAGCCAGGAUCUGCUGUGUUUGCUGUUUUAUGCUGAGGUUUCCUCCCUUGUGGCCUUGUAGAGGGAGUUGUUGCUGGCCUGGGAAAGAUGCUGGGCUUGAACUGAGUUCAGAGCCUUGAACUGUAUCAUUUCACUGGGCAUCCCAUUGCAUGUGUUUAUUCCUUUCCUCUCCACAGCCCCUUCUACUCUGUGCUGUCUCACAGCUAUACCAUGAGUCCCUCCCAUUCUGGGCAAGGUCAGGGAACCAACCCUACUCCAGCCACUGGAAGUGCCUCCCUGCCCAGGGCAAUCCCAGGUGACCUGGUGAGGCAGCCUGGCACCCUCCCUUCUAGCACGAGAGCACAGCCUGGAGAUACCAGGUCUUGCUUUUGUGCCUUUGACACAGUGCUUUGGAGCUUGUCUGACACAAUACUGGCCAGUCACAGGGUUGGGAUUUCAUCCCUAAGGGGAGGGGCAGACACCUCAGCUCCUCUGCACUUGAAGCAGUGCCUGAGUUAGAUCAACUCACCUGGCGGCUAAGCCAGGGACCCAAGGAGAGCAGGUGCUUUGGUCUCCUUGAUUUUGGUGGGGAGCAGAUGAACAGGUAAUCACCAAAGGGGUCCCUGAGGCAAGGGAGUGACUCCUCAAUCCCUGUGAUGUGUUUGUGGGCAGGCAGAGGGGAUGUGCCAAAGCCUGCACCUGCCUGCUGAAGGAGGGGGGUUUUGCAGGCAGUGUUUGGAAGCUCUUGAACAUUGAAGGAUGUUCUUUGUUUAGUGCCAGGUUCCUUCUGGGGUCUCAGCCCACCAACCUGCCAUGUUGCCUCAGGACAUGGCUGCCUUCUGUCUUGGACCAAGACAUUCCUGCCAUGAGGCUGCUGUAGUUGUUAAUGGUUCAAUCAUAAGUUACUUGUGCAACUUCUAACCAAGUUUGAGAAUGAUUCUCCAUUUCAUAAAUUAAAAAUUAUUUUUUUCUGAAUAGCUUAAUAAUUUUCUUCUAGCUCAUGGCUCUAGCCUGACCGGGUGGAUGUGGGGACACAGCUGUGGCUGGGUGGAGACAAGGGGACAGCUCCUUUUCCACAGAACUGCAUUGGGGCUUGGCUGUUUCUUCAGGCAGCAGAGGGGAUCACCUGCCUUUGAAAGGACGUGUCACUUACCCCUGCUGCUUUGGCAGGCCCCAGAGUUAAGUCUGUCCUGUUCCUACACCAGUGGCUGCUGGGGACAAGAUGGGACCAGUCAUAGUACACUAGACAUGGUGCCACCUUCCCAGGGCCCACCCUGUGAGCACAACUGUAGUCACUGCUGUCUCUGCAUACACCUGGGCUGGCACUAGCUCUUCUCAUAAGAGCAGUUGCAUCACCCUUGCUCAGCCUAGGCUGCCCUGUUCCAGCCUUUCACAUGUCUGUAGUGACAAAAGUCUGAGGGAUAACACAUGUAAAGGAGAGUAGAUUUUGGACACGAUGGCUGCAGCCCAGGAAUCUCUUCCUACAAAAGUCAGGCCAAGAAUGCAAUCCUGGACCAAACAUGGUGUCUCCUUGCAGAGUCUGGCUGGCAACAGUUCUUCACAGGCAAGAGAACACAAAUUAUCUCCUUAAAAUUGCAAAUGUGGGAAGAGGAGGCCAGGAGGCUUGAGUGUUGUAUAUGAAUGACUUUAUUUAAGUAUGCUGGGCACCACCAGGCAACAUGGUUUGGACAGUGUGCGAGGGAACAGUCAGGCAGACCAAACAAACGCUAGGUUGGAGGCAGCACCGGCCUGCCCAGUCACUGCAGGUUACAAAAUGGAGCACUGCUGCUGCAAGGCCAGCGGAGGGGCUGGGGGGAUGGAGGGCACUGCCUGGGGCACACGCUAAUGGAACCAAGAGGAAUUUGCUGCAAUUCCCCUCUGUGUGCUGCAGCAAACCAGCAAGAACAGAACCAGUUUCCCAGCAGCAGGCUGAGCAUUGAUGGCUGUUUUCUGACAGGUUCUUGCUUAAAAAACAGUCUGCUCUGAUUGGGGGAGGGGAAGAAGCAGCCUGGCCUCAGCUGGGAGAGACUACCUACCUACAGCCUCUCCAAACCCAUGGGUGAGCCCCAAGAACGUGGUUCCUCGCAGUGGCAACAGCUGCUGCUUACAUUCAUCUCAGCUGGGGCAGUGCACUGGCCUUUCCCUCACCUCUGUGGCAAUCCUCCAGCUCUUACCCCGACUGCACCUGAGAGUGACCCCAAGGUGAUGUGUGGCAAUGAACAGAAAAGAGAGAAACAGGGAGGAACUGCCAUCGAGCAACUCCAGCUCCAUUGCUACUGCCACAUUCUGCAGAAAACUAAUGGGAAAAAAAGAGAG